AUGACUGUAAUGGCACGGAUGUUGCUGAUGGCGGCCAGUGUGCUGAUGGUCUCCUAUGGCAAGACUGCCAGCAAGUAUCCGCUGCAGGUGCACGGGCCGUCACAGCAGCGGCUGGGAGCGCCCGGCCACUGGGCUCCGUGGUCAGCCUGGUCGCCCUGCUCCAGGACCUGCGGCGGCGGCGUCGCCGUGCAGACCAGGGACUGCCGGCCUAUGGAGACCCGUCGCCGUCGCCGGUUGACGGAGCCGCCGCCUCGCAGCCACUGCGUGGGCGUCUACAAGCGCGUCCACGUGUGCAACGACCAGGAAUGCCCGCCUGGGUCAAAGGACUUCCGUAGCGCGCAGUGCGAAGCUUUCAACGGAAAACCCUUCAUGGGGCGCCUCUACCUCUGGGAGCCCUUCCUGCAGGCGCCCAACCCGUGCGAGCUGAACUGCCGCGCGGCGGGCUUCCGCUUCUACGCAACGCUCAACAAGACUGUGGUGGACGGGACGCCUUGCCGCGGGGAGGCGCCGCCGCCCGCCAGGCACGUCUGCGUCGCGGGUGUCUGCCAGGAGCAGCAUCAGACAUCUGGAGGGAAAACAAGUUUCGUCAGUAUACAUUUAUGA